AUGGGCCCGAAACCAGGCCAGAAGACCGCGCUUAUUACCGGCUGUACACCGGGCGGAAUUGGUCAUGCCAUUUGUUUGGCGUUCCACACCAAGGGCGUCCAUGUCAUCGCCACGGCUCGCAACCCAGCUGUCCUCACCGAGAUGGCUGCCCUCGGCAUGACCACCCUCACCCUCGACGUCACCAAGGAGGAGAGUAUCAAGGCGUGCCAUGAAGAAGUGGCUGGGAUCACUGGCGGAAAGCUAGACUUUCUCGUCAACAACGCCGGCCGUACUCACACCCACCCCGCGACUGACCUCUCCAUUCCGGACGUGCGCGAGACCUUCGAGACCAAUGUGUUCGGCGUGAUGGCCAUGUGCGCAGCCUUCUCCGACCAACUGAUCGCCGCAAAGGGCUUGAUCAUCAACAUCGCCUCCCUAGCUGCCAUCACCCCCUACGUCUUCGGUUCCGCCUACUGUGCCACUAAGGGCGCCGUCACCGCCUACUCGCGCACAUUGCGCCUCGAACUCAAGCCGUUUGGCGUCCGCGUCAUGGUUGCCAUGACGGGUACGGUGCGCAGCCAGAUCGCGAGCAAAACGCAUCGCACGCUGCCUGAGAACAGCAUCUACCAGCGCGUCAAGGAUGUUUUUGAGCGCCGGUUGACGUUCUCGCAGAAUAACGCGACGGUUGGUACGGAUGAGUAUGCCCGGAAACUGGUGGCGAAGGCGUUGGCGCCUGAGUGGCCCUUGGUGUUGCGCUCGUGGUUUGGACGGCCGGAUUGGUUCUGGGCUGGUGGGUGGGCGGGCAAGGCGUGGUUCUCGACUUGGCUGGGUGAGUGGGUGUUGGAUGUGGUCAUGUACCGUAUGAUAGGGAUGAAGCAUUUGGAACGUGUGUUGCGCGAAGAGGAGAGACAGAAGAAACUAGCUUGA